AUGCCAAUGUGGAUGAACUCUGAUGAGCUAAGGAAGAAAAAGGAAGUGUUCAAGAAAUUGAGGGAAGGGCAUACCUCUAAAGAAGAGUAUCUGUGGGUUGCUGGAUGCGGUAGGUCAGCUAUUAUAGAAGUCAAAGCUCAGUAUGAGCUGAAGUUGGCCCGGGAGGCUUGGCACAACAAGAAAAGCUUCUUCAGCUAUGUGAGGAACAAAACCAAGGAGAAACAGGCAAUCGGUCUACUGUUGGAAUAUCUUACUUUGCAGUCCCAGAAAUCUUGGAUAGAAAAUACUUUUACCAAGCGAGAAUGUGUGUAUAUUAUACCAAGUUCCAAGGACCCUCACAGAUGCCUCCCAGGAUGUCAGAUUUGUCAGCAACUUGUCAGGUGCUGCUGUGGCCGCUUGGUCCGGCAACAUGCUUGCUUCACAGCGAGUCUUGCCAUGAAAUAUUCAGAUGUGAAACUGGGUGAAAGUUUUAAUCAGGAGAUAGAAGAGUGGUCAGUGGAAAAACAUACAGAACAGGGUCCAACAGAUGCUUAUGGCAUCAUUAACUUCCAAGGAGGCUCUCAUUCUUACCGAGCUAAGUAUGUGCGGUUGUCCUAUGAUACAAAACCUGAAGCCAUCCUCCAGCUUAUGCUUAAAGAAUGGCAGAUGGAACUGCCCAAGCUUGUUAUUUCCGUUCAUGGAGGAAUGCAGAAAUUUGAGCUUCACCCACGCAUCAAACAGUUGCUUGGUAAAGGCCUUAUUAAAGCAGCAGUGACAACAGGAGCCUGGAUUAUAACUGGAGGAGUGAAUACAGGAGUUGCAAAACAUGUUGGUGAUGCCCUCAAGGAACAUGCUUCUCGAUCAUCUCGAAAGAUUUGCACUAUUGGAAUAGCUUCAUGGGGAGUGAUUGAAAACAGAAAUGACCUCGUUGGGAGAGAUGUGGUUGCUCCAUAUCAAACCCUGCUAAAUCCUUUAAGUAAAUUAAAUGUCCUAAAUAAUCUUCAUUCCCAUUUCAUACUGGUGGAUGAUGGAACAGUUGGAAAAUAUGGGGCAGAAGUUAAACUUCGACGAGAACUGGAAAAAACUAUCAAUUUGCAAAGGAUCCAUGCAAGAAUUGGCCAGGGUGUCCCUGUGGUGGCACUCAUAUUUGAAGGUGGUCCCAAUGUUAUCCUCACUGUUCUGGAAUACCUGCAGGAAAGUCCUCCUGUGCCGGUGGUGGUUUGUGAGGGCACUGGCAGAGCUGCUGACAUCCUGGCUUAUGUCCAUAAGCAAACAGAAGAAGGAGGAUGUAUUCCUGAUGGGGCAGAACCUGAAAUAAUUUCAACCAUCAAAAAGACAUUUAAUUUUGGCCAGAGUGAGGCAGUUCACUUGUUCCAGACGCUGCUGGAAUGUAUGAAGAAAAAAGAACUUAUUACUGUAUUUCAUAUUGGGUCUGAUGAGCAUCAAGAUAUCGAUGUUGCAAUCCUCACAGCACUUCUAAAAGGCACAAAUGCCUCUGCAUUUGACCAGCUUGUCCUUACCCUUGCAUGGGACAGAGUUGACGUUGCCAAAAAUCAUGUUUUUGUUUAUGGACAGCAGUGGCUGGUUGGAUCUUUAGAGCAGGCUAUGUUAGAUGCCCUUGUGAUGGACCGAGUUGCCUUUGUGAAACUACUUAUUGAGAAUGGAGUAAGCAUGCACAAAUUUCUUACAAUUCCCAGACUGGAAGAACUUUACAACACUAAACAAGGCCCAACUAAUCCAGCGCUGUUUCACCUUGUUCGAGAUGUAAAACAGGGACACCUUCCUCCAGGUUACAAACUCACUUUGAUUGAUGUGGGGCUCGUUAUUGAAUAUUUGAUGGGAGGAACCUACAGAUGCACAUACACACGAAAACGCUUCAGAGUGGUAUACAACAGUCUCAGCGGCAGCAAUCGGCGCUCUGGCCGAAAUGCUUCAAGCAGCACCCCUCAGUUACGUAAAAACCACGAACCUUUUGGUAACAGGGCAGAUAAAAAAGAGAAAAUGCGGCAUAACCACUUCAUCAAAACUGCGCAGCCUUACAAACCAAAGGGCGAUACUGUUACAGAAGAAGGAAAAAAGAAAAAAACCAAAGAUGACAUAGUAGAUAUUGAUGACCCGGAGACGAGGCGCUUUCCUUAUCCUCUUAACGAGCUGCUACUUUGGGCGGUGCUAAUGAAAAGGCAAAAAAUGGCACUCUUCUUCUGGCAACACGGGGAGGAGUCCAUGGCCAAAGCCUUAGUGGCCUGCAAGCUGUAUCGGUCGAUGGCCUAUGAAGCAAAACAAAGUGACCUUGUUGACGAUACCUCGGAAGAACUCAAACAGUAUUGCGAUGAGUUUGGACAGCUGGCAGUUGAGCUGUUAGAACAGUCGUUCCGGCAAGAUGAAACGAUGGCUAUGAAGUUGCUAACUUAUGAGCUAAAAAACUGGAGUAAUUCCACCUGCCUUAAGCUAGCAGUGUCUUCACGGCUUCGGCCUUUCGUUGCUCAUACGUGCACACAAAUGUUGUUGUCUGAUAUGUGGAUGGGAAGACUUAACAUGAGGAAGAAUUCAUGGUACAAGGUGAUACUGAGCAUCUUGGUUCCCCCUGCCAUACUAAUGCUGGAAUACAAAACCAAGGCAGAAAUGUCCCAUAUUCCACAGUCUCAAGAUGCACACCAAAUGACCAUGGAAGACAGUGAAAACAAUUUCCAGAACAUAGCAGAAGAAAUACCAAUGGAAGUGUUUAAAGAAGUAAAAGUCUUAGACAGUAAUGAAGGGAAGCAUGACAUGGAGACAGCUAUAAAACCCAAGAGACUUCCAGUUACACGGAAGUUUUAUGCCUUUUAUCAUGCACCAAUCGUGAAAUUCUGGUUUAAUACGUUGGCCUACAUAGGAUUUUUGAUGCUUUAUACUUUUGUCGUUCUUGUGAAAAUGGGAGAGCUGCCUUCCAUUCAAGAAUGGAUUGUCAUUGCUUACAUUUUCACAUUGGCUGUUGAGAAGAUUCGUGAGAUCUUCAUGUCGGAGGCUGGGAAGGUUAGUCAGAAGAUAAAAGUGUGGUUCAAUGAUUACUUCAAUGUCAGCGAUACAAUAGCCAUCAUCACUUUCUUUAUUGGUUUUGCACUAAGAUUUGGAGCAAAAGGGAACUUUAAUGAAGAUACUUAUUCAUUAAAUCGUGUUUUUGUUGCUGGAAGAAUAACUUACUGUCUGAAUAUAAUCUUCUGGUAUGUGAGGCUACUGGAUUUCCUAGCAGUAAACCAACAGGCUGGCCCUUAUGUCAUGAUGAUUGGGAAAAUGGUGGCCAACAUGUUUUACAUUGUAGUGAUCAUGGCUGUUGUCCUGCUCAGUUUUGGAGUCCCCAGGAAGGCAAUACUUUACCCUAAUGAAGAACCAUCCUGGGUUCUGGCAAAAGAUAUUGUGUUUCAACCCUACUGGAUGAUCUUUGGUGAAGUUUAUGCGUAUGAAAUAGAUGUGUGUGCAAACAAUUCUGAAUCUGAUCUUAAAGACCUUUGUGUGAUGGGAUCCUGGCUCACUCCGUUUCUUCAAUCAGUCUAUCUCUUUGUCCAGUACAUAAUUAUGGUCAAUCUCCUCAUUGCCUUUUUCAACAAUGUAUAUUUGCAAGUGAAAGCAAUUUCCAACAUUGUAUGGAAAUACCAGCGUUAUCAUUUCAUUAUGGCUUAUCAUGAGAAACCUGUCCUGCCCCCGCCUCUUAUCAUUCUUAGUCAUAUGGCUUCCCUGUGCUGUUGCAUAUGCAAGCGAAGAAAGACAGAUAAAACUUCAGAUGGACCAAAAUUGUUUUUAACAGAAGAGGAUCAGAAGAAACUGCAUGAUUUUGAAGAACUAUGUGUUGAGAUGUAUUUCAAUGAAAAAGAUGACAAGUUCCAUUCCGGUAGUGAAGAAAGAAUUAGAGUAACUUCUGAACGGGUUGAGCACAUGUGCAUUCAGAUCAAGGAAGUUGGUGACCGAGUCAACUAUAUCAAACGUUCAUUGCACUCCCUAGAUACUCAGAUCGGCCACUUACAAGACCUUUCGGCACUUACAGUGGACACUUUGAAAACACUGACAGCACAGAAGGCAUCAGAAGCUAGCAAGGUCCAUAAUGAAAUUACACGUGAAUUGAGUAUUUCUAAACAUUUGGCACAGAACCUCAUUGAGGAUGGUCCCCUAAGAUCUUCCAUGUGGAGAAAGCACAGUAUUGGCAAUGUGUUUGGUUCCUCUUCCCCCCAAGGAGUCCUUGAAAGUAAUAAUGCUGUGCUGUGCAACAUUUCUAUGCAAGAUGAAAAAGAUUCUGGACAUAAGAUGACUGAUUUCCCCAACAGGAAUGAACUCAACUUUCCAGAGGCGGGUUCCUCUGGCAGUGCCUUAAUCCCAAGAGCUCUUUCUCCUCCAGAACUUCGUCAAAGAAUACAGGGUACAGACUUAACGAAGAGCAGUAAUAAAAACAAAAAGGCAGGCAGUUCCUCAAAAAGCAUGCCACAUCUAACGUCCCCAACAGCUAAAUUUUUUGUUAGUGCUCCUUCUCGACCCAGUUGCAAAGCCCAGUUAGAAACUGCAGCAAAGGAUGAGGAGAAGGCCGCCGACACAGAUAACACUGUUGAAUUUGGUGCAUUUGUUGGUAAGUAUAGCCGACUCAAGCAUGAACUUCCUAAAGUUGCCGUCGGUUGCUCUAGUUGUCCUGCUUCGCCCUCUCUAUGUCUUGCUGCCACCUCCCAAGCUUGCGUUGGAGUAGAGGGAUACAUUAACCAUGCUUUUGUUGAUAAUGAAAGUGAUGGUGUUGCGGAUGGCUGCACAGACCAAUGGAAUCCCCAGCUCUCUUCCGACACAAUGAAGAAUAAUGCCAAAAAUAAGUUACAGUGGUCUUCCACUAAUGAGGACUGGAGUGGGACAAGUAAACAUCUGAAAGGGACAUUGAGUGUUGAAGGACUCCUUUGCAGCACUCAAGAAACCGCACGAAAGAGCCAAGCUUUAUGUUCCAGUACCUUUACACGAGUCCAGAAACUGUGGAUCAAAUCUAAAUUGCAAGGUCACAGAGACAGCAUGGAAUUACAGAGAUUUAAAGACACCGAGUUUAAGAACAAAGAAAAAAAUGAUACAAUUGAGGAGCAACAGGAGGAUUUCAGAAAAGCGAUUUUGGAAGGCAUGGGGACAACAACAAGGCACCAGGGCAGCAGCGGCACCGAAGGCAGUCUGAGACAGGUUAGUUCAUGUGGUGGCUUCACCGAAUACCAUCGAAGCUUGAUAACCGGCCGUUCAGAGCAACUGCACAGUAAGAGCAGAAGGACAUCCGUUGAAGAGUCUCCUCAGGCAGAUUCUAAGGCAGCCUUACUCACGGACUGGGUACAAGGCCGACCUUCAUACAGCAAUCAGAUGUCUUCUGAAGAAGAUGCACUGAAUGGUAUUGCUUCCCCUUUCAAGCCCAUCAUGGAUACCACCUACUACUACUCAGCUGUUGAAAGAAAUAAUCUGAUGAGGUUGUCACAGAGCAUACCAUUUACCCCUGUGCCUCCAAGAGGAGAACCAGUCACUGUGUAUCGCCUUGAAGAAAGUUCUCCCAACAUCUUGAACAAUAGCAUGUCUUCCUGGUCUCAACUGGGUCUUUGUGCCAAGAUUGAAUUCCUAAGCAAGGAGGAGAUGGGAGGAGGUUUGCGACGAGCCCUCAAAGUGGUCUGCACCUGGUCAGAGUAUGACAUUUUGAAGUCGGGCCAUCUUUAUAUCAUCAAGUCUUUUCUACCUGAAGUUAUCAAUACUUGGUCAAGCAUUUACAAAGAAGAGACAGUGUUACAUCUCUGCUUAAGAGAAAUUCAGCAACAGAGGGCUGCACAGAAACUCACAUUUGCAUUCAAUCAGAUGAAACCCAAGUCAAUUCCAUAUUCUCCAAGAUUCCUGGAAGUGUUCCUCUUAUACUGCCAUUCGGCGGGGCAGUGGUUUGCAGUGGAGGAGUGCAUGACGGGGGAAUUCCGGAAGUACAACAACAACAACGGGGACGAGAUCAUCCCAACCAACACGCUGGAAGAGAUGAUGCUGGCCUUCAGCCACUGGACCUACGAAUAUACUCGGGGGGAGUUGCUGGUCCUGGAUCUUCAAGGUGUCGGUGAAAAUUUGACAGACCCCUCUGUGAUAAAGGCUGGAGAAAAAAGGUCAAGUGAUAUGGUAUUUGGGCCUGCAAAUCUAGGAGAAGAUGCCAUCAAGAACUUUAGAGCGAAGCACCACUGCAAUUCAUGCUGCAGGAAGCUUAAGCUCCCAGAUCUGAAGAGGAAUGAUUACACCCCUGACAAAAUCCUACUGCCUCAGGAUGAUUCCCCAGAACUGACCAUUCAGCCCGGGAGCUGCACCAAAGAAUCGAGCUCAGCGAGUGCGAGUCACGUGAUGCUGUAGCAACACGCGCGGUUCUUUCGGCUUCAACCGAAUGCUUGCAGAAGUCAUCACUGGGUUCUCCUCCCCAUCUUUUCCUGCACUGUUGUUUGGACGAAUAAGUUCAUUGAAGUGAAAACCACACAAACACGGAAUGAAAUUUUGUGAUGGCUCCGGUACAGUGAACUGGCCCAUACCUGGAAGAAGGGGUGGGGAGACACGGCCGAGAUACAGGAAGCCACCUCUGGAGGGGUAGUUUGGUGAUUUUUCUUUAAAAGGCUGGAUGAAAUUAAGUAUUUAUGAAAUAGCUUUUUAAAGAAACAUUUUAGCAGAAGGAUAA